AUGCCACCGCGACGCGACGCCGACUUCAACAUCUCGGACGACUCCGAGCCCGAAGACGACGAGCUCGAUGAGGACUACAACGCGUCGCGUACUAUACGGACAAAGGGGAAGGGGAAGGGCAAAGGGAAGGAGCUAGGUGCGUAUGCCUGGGAAGCGUCCUAUAAACGAUCAUGGGAUACGGUGCAGGAGGACGAGGCGGGAAGCUUGCAGGCCGCUGUGCAGGAUCUCGUCGCUCGGUCCAAACGGCGACGGUGUGCCUGCUCCUGGGGCGACGCACCCAUCCGCCGAACAAUUAUCAGGCAUAUGAUGUUCCUCGUCGACUUGUCUACGGCAAUGAUGGACCGAGAUAUGCGCCCGUCCCGCUUCGACCUUACGCUAAGCUAUGCACGGGAGUUCGUCAGCGAGUGGUUUGACCAGAACCCGCUGGGCCAGAUGGGGGUCGUGGGGAUGAGGAAUGGAGUAGGCGAGAGGAUUGGGGAUAUGUCUGGGAACCCGCAGGAUGUGCUGAAGUGUUUUUUGGAUAAGACGCUGUUGGAACCGGCAGGGGAACCGAGUUUACAGAAUUCGAUCGAAAUGGCGCGUGCCAGUAUGAACCAUCUUCCAACCCAUUCCUCACGAGAAAUCCUCAUCAUCUUCGGCUCGCUGACCACCGUAGAUCCUGGCAACCUCCUAGACACGGUCGACGCCUGCGUACGUGAUCAGAUCCGAAUAUCCAUCGUAGCCCUGUCAGCGGAGAUGAAAGUUUGUCGUGAUAUGUGUGAGCGAACAGGAGGCGUAUUCGGCGUCGCGCUCAACGAAGGACAUUAUAAGGACCUGUUAUUCGAGCUUGUCCCUCCGCCAGCGGACAAGUCCCCCGUCUCACGCCUAGCAGCCCAGGCAGGUGAAGGCCAAUCCGAGCUGAUGCAGAUGGGCUUUCCUACGCGACUACCAGCUACCGCCCCUCCAUCCCUCUGCGUUUGCCACUCUCGCUUGCGGUCAGAAGGCUACAUAUGCCCGAGAUGCAACAGCAAGGUCUGCGACGUACCGACUGACUGCGAUAUCUGCGGGCUGAUGAUCGUGAGCUCGCCCCAUCUCGCGCGGAGUUAUCACCAUCUUUUCCCCGCUCCGGCGUACAAAGCAGUCCUAGAAUUAGACGGGAAAGAAGCCUCGGCAUGUCACGCCUGCUCGCUCCCUUUUCCCACAACAGCGCGUGCGCCCCUUCAAACAGAAGAAGGCAUGAGCCCACACGGGCGCUACCGCUGUCCAAAAUGCAAGCACGAUUUCGAUGCAGAGUGUGACUUGUUCGUGCAUGAUGUGCUCCAUGUUUGUCCGGGUUGUGGGUGA